GCCAUAGAGUAUGUCCCACACUCAAGGAUGUUGAAUAGAUAAUCAAACAGGUUGCCAUACAGACAGCAGGGACCUGCGUGUCACCUACUACUGCUGAUCUGGGGUCAGUUUGGAUUUGCAUCAAACCAUGGAGCGCAUGUCUUCUCCGGUCAGAUUUCGGAGCAAUAAAAAAGCUGUCGAGCCUUUCCAUCGAAGACCAGGCAGACAUGCAGUUUCCCUUCGCCAUGAGGGAUCUACCUCCCGUCACUUAUUCAGCUGUAAAGACACAGAAUCCAGAGCAUGAGAGAGAGGAAACUGUGGUCACUGCCAACGGGAGGCUGCCCAGCUGCCCAGGAGCUCCCCCUGCACCCCGUCCCGUCCCCUGUCCCCCUACUGGUUCUCCCACAGUCCCCCCCAGACCGACCCACUCAGGAAAGGGCUCCUCACAGAUUCUGCCUUUGAAGAGGCAGCUUGUCUCUCAGGUAUCUCUGGACUCUCCGCUGAGCCCGGCCUCACGACCACGGAGCCCCUGGGGGAGCUUUGACCCCUACGACUCUCCAGAGGAUCAGGACAAAGAGUAUAUAGGUUUUGCUACGUUGCCCAACCAAGUUCACAGAAAGACGGUAAAGAAGGGAUUUACAUUUACGCUCAUGGUGGCAGGUGAGACUGGACUCGGCAAAUCCACGUUAAUCAACAGCUUGUUCCUCACCGACCUCUACAGAGACAGAAAAGUUCCCAACGCUGAGGAACGGAUCAGUCAAACAGUCGACAUCGUCAAGCACACCAUCGGGAUCGAGGAGAAAGGAAUCAAACUGAGGCUCUCUAUCAUAGACACUCCUGGGUUUGGAGAUGCAGUCAACAACACAGAAAGCUGGAAGCAUGUUGAGGACUACGUCGACCAGCAGUUUGAGCAGUAUUUCAGAGACGAGAGUGGGCUGAACAGAAAGAACAUCCAGGACAACAGAGUCCACUGCCUGCUCUACUUCAUCUCUCCGUUUGGUCACGGUCUCAGACCUAUUGACGUGGAGUGCAUGAAAGCUAUGCAUGAAAAAGUAAACAUCAUUCCUCUACUGGCCAAAGCUGAUAGCCUGACACAAGCAGAGGUCAACCGCAAAAAGCUGAAGAUCAAGGAGGAGAUCAAGCAGUUUGGGAUUAAUAUCUACCAGUUUCCAGAUUGUGACUCUGAUGAGGAUGAGGACUUUAAGAGACAGGAGCAGAUCCUCAAGGACAGCAUCCCAUUUGCUGUGAUCGGGAGCAACAUACAGGUGGAGAGCAAAGGCAGAAAGUUCAGAGGCCGCUCUUAUCCAUGGGGUAUAGUAGAAGUUGAGAACCCGGACCACUCAGACUUCCUGCUGCUGAGGAACAUGCUGGUCAGGACGCAUAUGCAGGAUCUAAAGGACGUGACACGGGAAAUCCACUAUGAAAACUACAGGGCGCAAUGCAUCGAGAGCAUGACCCGCUUGAUGGUACAGGAGAGGAAACGCAAUUUGCGUGAGAAGUAUCGAGAAGGAAGUGAGGUGGACUUCCCUCUGCCGCUCGCAGCAGCUGAGACAGAGAUGGAGAGACAGAUUUUUGAGAAGGAUGAAGAACUGAGGAAGAUGCAGGAGGUGCUGGAGAGGAUUCAGGAGCAGAUGCAGCAGAGCCAGAGGGACAGCUGCUGAUUCCUUUAGACUAACAUCAGGGAACAGAGGAGCAAACAGAGACUAAAUGCUCUGCAAACUGACCUCACAGUUAGAGGCUCACAUAAAUGGAGCUAAAACAUUUCAGUGGACCUAUCUGUGGAAUAUGCACAACUGCAUAUGAGCUCAAACCUUGGCUUGUGUUCAUGUUAAGAGAAGUGAUGGUUUGUUCCAGUGUUUGUUUGUUUUUUAACUAUAUUAAUGUCUUUAUAUGUUAUCUGGAGAAAGUAGAUGCUCUGUUUUAUAAUUUUGUGAAAAAAAAAACGAGAAAAAAACUGAUGCAGCAGGAUAAAAAGAGCAAGAGGUUAAUUGAUUUGCAGAUUAAAAGGGCUGCACUACAAAGUAAGUUCGACACAGAUAUGUUUACUCCUUGACCAAACCUAAAACUCCUCCAAAAAGAUAACAGGUAAAAACAACAGUAGUCAUCAUUUUAUCUGGUUUUAUCUUCAGGAUUUAAAAAGUGGUGGAGCCAGGGCAUUUUCAUAAGGUUAAGCCAGCGACCCAUGUACACUGAAAGCUGCCUGAAACUAAUAGGCACCAAAACCUGCUAAGAUUCCCUCUAACUAACUACAGCAGGUAAAUCAACAUGAGCACAGCAGCCAUAUUUUCCAAUCAAAUCACUGAGUAUGGUCCAGAUUUUUAAAAAUCCGUUCUAAAAAUAACUCUACACACACAUUAUUACAUCAUCUAUAUUAUUUCCAAAAUAAUAAUUUGUAACUCUGCAUAAUAGACACAUUAAAUGUGUUGAGCAGUUGUUCUCUAAUUCCAUAGUAAACCAUAGAAAACUUUCCCUCUUUUCUCAUUAAAGCCCAAAACCUACCUCUGAACAGAACAUAAAUUAACUGUUUUUCAUCUCCAAUAUAAUUAUAUCGAUGUGCAAAAUUUUUGUAUUUUAUAGUCAGUAUAGGGUUUAUAC